GACAGCACCCAAACGCGAAGGCUCCCGGGAUUUGUAGGCAACGGCGGCCUAGAGAGGCAGCACGGCGGCAGUCGAGCCCAGCCUAGUGGGAGGGACAGGCGCAAGAGGAAAGGGGAGCCAGGUAUCUUGCGGGCGGCCCUGCAGUUCAUCUUCUCCAACGGGGAGCCACAUGCUUGUUGAAAAGGCAGGAGCCAGAAGAGGAGGCAGAUAAGCAAGCCCUUGGUUGUGCGGGAGCAUGUGCUGAUCUCGACUACUUGACAUCAGAGCUACCUCCAGCCAUCUGUGAUUUCAGCCGCCUGAAGCCUGGUGCACAGGGAGGGGGAGGAGGAGGAGGAGGAGGCAGCCAUAGCGAGCUCCGAGAACCCUGCCCUCAGUGGGUUUGUAUUACCAGAGCAUGCACUGAUUUGCUGCCUUGUCUUAGACCCAUCCCAAUCAUCGGGGUGUGUGUGUGCGUGGCUGGUGCAUGGUGUGUGUGGGGGAUCCACUGUCUCUGUAAUAAAUGAUAGAGGAUACAAUGACUUUGCUGUCUCUGCUGGGUCGGAUCAUGCGCUACUUCUUGCUGAGACCGGAGACCCUCUUCCUGUUAUGCAUCAGCCUGGCCCUGUGGAGCUACUUCUUCCAUACGGAUGAAGUGAAGACGAUUGUCAAGUCCAGCAGGGAUGCCGUGAAGAUGGUGAAGGGCAAGGUGGCGGAGAUCAUGCAGAAUGACCGGCUCGGGGGUCUGGAUGUGCUGGAUGCUGAGUUUUCCAAGACUUGGGAGUUCAAGAACCACAAUGUGGCCGUGUACUCCAUCCAAGGCCGGAGGGACCACAUGGAGGACAGGUUCGAAGUGAUCACUGACCUGGUGAACAAGACCCAUCCUUCCAUAUUUGGGAUAUUUGAUGGGCACGGAGGCGAGUCAGCAGCAGAAUAUGUGAAAUCCCGCUUACCUGAAGUCUUAAAACAGCACCUUCAAGACUAUGAAAAGGACAAAGAAAACAGUGUUUUGUCUUACCAGACUAUCCUGGAACAACAGAUUCUGUCGAUUGACCGAGAAAUGCUAGAAAAAUUGACUGUGUCUUACGAUGAGGCAGGUACAACAUGUUUGAUUGCAUUGCUGUCAGAUAAGGAGCUCACAGUGGCCAACGUUGGAGAUUCGAGGGGCGUCUUGUGCGAUAAGGAUGGAAAUGCUAUCCCUUUGUCACACGAUCAUAAGCCCUACCAGCUCAAGGAGAGGAAGAGGAUUAAAAGAGCUGGUGGCUUCAUCAGUUUUAAUGGUUCCUGGCGUGUUCAGGGGAUCCUGGCCAUGUCCCGCUCCCUUGGAGAUUACCCGCUGAAAAACCUGAACGUUGUCAUCCCUGACCCAGAUAUCCUAACCUUUGACCUGGAUAAACUUCAGCCAGAAUUCAUGAUCUUGGCCUCUGAUGGGCUGUGGGAUGCUUUCAGCAACGAGGAGGCUGUUCGGUUCAUCAAAGAACGCUUGGAUGAGCCACACUUUGGAGCCAAGAGUAUAGUCCUGCAGUCCUUUUACAGAGGGUGCCCUGACAACAUAACAGUCAUGGUGGUGAAGUUCAAGAGUAGUAGUAAAACAGAAGACCAGUAAAAAAAAUAAUCUAAUUUC